AUGGCCUCUCAGAUCACCCCUUCGAAGCAGGCUGCCACUGCCAUCGCGUCGCUGAAAAUGGAAUCUCCUGUGAAGAAGCUCGACUUCGCCGAUAAGGAGAACCGGCCUUUGGGUGACGCCGUUGCCUCCAGCCCAUCGACGCAGCUCGACGUCGGCGACAAGCACGUCAAGGGAACGAAGGAGGUUGAAGCGGAGAGCACCGCCGUCGUUCCUACGACCCAGCCGGAGGAGUGUGACGAGCCUCUGCUUCGAGAAAACCCCCAGCGAUUCGUUCUGUUCCCCAUCAAGUAUCACGAGAUCUGGCAAAUGUACAAGAAGGCCGAGGCGUCCUUCUGGACGGCCGAAGAGAUCGAUCUUUCCAAGGAUUUGCACGACUGGAACAACCGUUUGAAUGACGAUGAGCGGUAUUUCGUCUCGCACAUUCUCGCUUUCUUCGCCGCUUCGGACGGAAUCGUCAACGAGAACCUUGUCGAACGUUUCAGCGGCGAGGUGCAAAUCCCCGAGGCUCGCUGCUUCUACGGUUUCCAAAUCAUGAUGGAAAAUAUCCACUCCGAGACCUACUCGCUCUUGAUCGACUCGUACAUCAAGGAGCACGCUCAGCGAGAGUAUCUGUUCAACGCCAUUGACACAAUUCCUUGCAUCCGCAAGAAGGCUGAUUGGGCCCUGCGUUGGAUCCAAGACAAGGAGUCCACGUUCGCCCAAAGACUUGUUGCCUUUGCCGCCGUCGAAGGCAUCUUCUUCAGCGGUGCUUUCGCCUCAAUCUUCUGGCUGAAGAAGCGCGGUCUCAUGCCUGGUCUGACAUUCUCCAACGAGCUCAUCUCGCGUGAUGAGGGUCUUCACACCGAUUUUGCGUGCCUGUUGCAUUCGCACCUCAACAACCGGGCCAGCAAGAAGGUCAUCAACGACAUCAUCACCGACGCCGUCACCAUUGAGCAGGAGUUCCUCACCGAGGCCCUCCCAUGUGCUCUGCUCGGCAUGAAUGCCACCUUGAUGAAGCAGUACAUCGAGUUCGUUGCCGAUCGUCUCCUUGUUGCUCUCGGCAACGAGAAGGUGUACAAAUCGUCGAACCCCUUCGACUUCAUGGAGAACAUCUCCCUCGGUGGCAAGACCAAUUUCUUCGAGAAACGUGUUGCCGACUAUCAAAAGGCCGGCGUUCUGGCCAGCGGCACCAAGAAGGCCGCCGAUGAUGUCGCUACCCCGGUGAACAGCGCCGAGGGUGGUGACUUCAGCUUCGACGACGACUUCUAA